AAAAGUCGAAUCUUUGAUUCAAGUGAACAUCCCGCGACGCAAUUCAAAAGGAUGUAUGAAAGAGGAGAUAUGCCUUUUGUCAUAAAGCACGGAGCCAAGUGUUAUCUUGAUUGGAGAGUGUCUCCCUCAAAACUAGACUAUCAGCACUUUCUGCCCGUGUUCGUCGACGGUACGAGAGAAAAGAGUGAACC